GGAGGGUAGCUAGUCCGGCGUAGCCUCUUGGGAUUCCAGUUCUGGGUGUCCUCACGAGGCCCGGGCUGCCUGUUACCUCUGCUCUACUAGAAAGAGAGUAACAUAGAAUCACCAUGAUUCUUCAGAGGCUCUUCAGGUUCUCCUCUGUUAUUCGAUCGGCAGUCUCAGUCCAUUUGCGGAGGAACAUCGGUGUUACAGCAGUGGCGUUUAAUAAGGAACUUGAUCCUGUACAGAAACUCUUCGUAGACAAGAUUAGAGAAUACAGAUCUAAGCGACAGACAUCUGGAGGACCUGUUGAUGCCGGCCCAGAGUAUCAGCAAGAACUAGAGAAGGAGGUUUUUAAGCUUAAGCAAAUGUAUGGUAAAGCAGAUAUGAAUACGUUCCCUAACUUCAAAUUUGAAGAUCCUAAAUUUGAAGUCAUCGAAAAACCCCAGUCCUGAAAAAAUGAAGUAAAAUUAAUCUGGUAAUUUGUCACAGAUUAGUUGUACAACUAAUCAGAAGUUUCAGAAUAAACAUACAUUUCACAACUGUCAAAUGUUCUUUUAAUUCUGAUUUCAAAUAAAUUAUUUGGUGAUGUUGAGUGUA